CGGCCGUUAGGGAAGGUUCGACUGUAUAAUUAUUAUACAUGUACGUCGAAAGAAGCCUACAUCUCUGAUGUCUAUCUCUGGCGCAUAAUAUUAAUUUAAUACCUCCCUGCUACAUGUAUAUUGCGACGUGCUGUGUUAGUGUUAGCUUCAUUGUUUAUGUAUCGUAGGAGUGCGAAUGAAGUGAAUAUGUGAACCUCUCUGAAGCCGAAGGGACAGUCUCUCUAACGAUUGUGCUGAACAUUUUGGAGCUGGUGUCUUUCUUUUCGUGGAUUUGGAUUAAGACCACUCUUGAGCUGUUGGUGUGUUUGUUGUGGUUGAGAAUGCCACUGGCCAAGAUGUCAAGCAUGAUGUGGUCUAUGACAGUCUCAACAAUAACGGUUCUUUUGUUCCAAGCAACAGUAGUGAACGCAGCUAGCAGCUUGAAGUGCUUGGCCUGCUCUUACACGUUCACCGGAGAGGACGGGCGCUAUGACAUCAGCUGUGUCAAUGACGUCCACAACUUCAGCAAGGCUCACUCAGUGGAUUGUCACACGGGCCAGUGUUCCAUCACUGCUGUCUACGCUUCGGGCUAUUCCAGAAUGAAUUCCUUGUCCCGGGGCUGUGAUCACGUGGAGUUCAACAACUGCGAUGACCCAAAGUCUAUCAUUGCCCGGUGUCAGUAUGUGUGUACAGAGCCAAACUGCAACGACAUACAUGGCGACUUGUGGCAGGCAAUGAAGCCUGGUGGUCCUGGACCCGGAACUGGAACCGACCCCGGAACCGACCCCGGAACCGACCCCGGAACCAACGGCAACGGUGCUAACAGGCAAACGGUUUCAAUCACGUCCUCCGUUUUGCUGCUGUCUGGCAUACUCGGUGUGUUCUGGGCGGUCUUUAAUUAAGAUGUUGUUCAGGUCCUUGUUUAGUUUAGGAAUUUCAAACAUCUAAGCCGACAUGCGAUAAAUAUCAUGUGUGUACGAGUAUAUAUAUAUAUAAAUAUACAUAAAUAUACAUAAAUAUACGUGUAUAUAUAUACAUGUAUGUAUGUAUGUGUAUGUAUAUAUACGAGGCGCAUACGAAAAGCUUUUUGUUUACCUGACCAUGAAGGAAUAAAAGUAGAAAGCUGAAAUUUGGGGUGAACGCCAACAAUUAUAAUCCUAGAAUGUGUGUGUGUGUGUGUGUGUGUGUGUGUGUGUGUGUGUGUGUGUGUGUGUGUGUGUGUGUGUUAAAUUCUUGCCAUAGAUAGAAAACAUAUUAUGUGAUAUAAAACUUGAAAAGACAAUUGAAGAGCACUGGGGGAAAACGAAAGUAGUCACAAGCUGGAAAUUGUGAGGGUGCCAAUUUUAAAAGCU